AGUAUUAUAUAUAUAAAAUAUAAUGGAUAAACGAGUGUUGCCAAAUAUUAACAAGUGGAUAAAGAAAUGCAUAAAAAAAGAAUUUGACAAUGUGAUCAAGGAUAAUUUAGAGGAGAAUCAAGAUUCUUCAGAAAUAGCUCAAAGAAUUAUUUCAUCUAAAGAAAUGCAAGUUUUAAUGAAUUCUAUGAAAAUGAUGAUUAUUGAACAAAAUUCGGAAUCAAAAUUUGAUAACAGUGCAACAAUGGAAUCUCAUUCUCAAUCAUCUGCCUCUAUUGUUAGUGACAUAACUGUAGAAGAUUGGAAUUCUUCAAAAAAUAUUGAAGAUCAAUAUAAUUAUAUUAUAGAUAAAAUAAGUUGUGAUAAACCUAUACAUGUAAGAUUGGCAGGUUAUGAGAUAUUAUUGAAAAGUGAUUUGACAAAUGUAACAGCUAUCUCACAAUGGGAUAUUCUUCAAAAUACUUUAAAAGACGGUCUCAUGGGUGAAAGUCGAGCCAUAUUUGAAGCUAGUUUACAAGUUCAUGCUAGAUUAUUAAGUUGUCCAAAGACAUAUGGUGCGUAUAAUAAUUUAUUGAGUUCAUUUAAUGCUCAAUAUCAUACGCAUAAAGUACACGAAAUGUUACCGUCAUUAAUAUCUGGAAUUAAUUUUAAAUUUUUCUUACACGAAAAAUUAAUUCGCAUUAUGUAUUUGAUAAUACAUUAUCAAGAAGAAUUAUUAAAGAGUAUAAGAAACGUUGACAAAACUACAGAAGAAAUAAUAGAACAAUUUAUAAUAUUUUUAAGUACUCAUACAUUUGGUAAUUCAAUGCAAGGUAAAACAUUGUCUAUGUUAAAUAUUGUUGCAACAUUAGAUCCACAGGCUGAUUGGAGUAAAAGAUGGACUCAUAAAGUAUCAACUAGAAGAACAUUUUUUUCUAUAUUAACCAAAUCACCAAGUUUACUUCAAUAUGCUAUACAAUGCAUUAACAAAAAUAAAUCUCCUAUAUAUACAUCUAUUUCUAUCUGUGACGAACCCAUAGAAGCAUGUAUUUCUGGAGAGACAAUAGAAACAAUUACUUAUCUUCACUGUUUAAAUUUUAUCUCACAGAUAUGUAGUUAUGAAGCAGGUCGUCAAUUACUUUCUGAGACUUUAUUAAACGUUCAAUUUUCUGUAACUGAAUUUUUAAUAAGAUUAAUAAAUACGUUGAAUGAAUUAUCAUUAUCUGGAAUAGAAAGUGGCAUUUACAAUAUUAUGUGUCAGGCAUUGCAAAAUGUAUUAAACAGGCCUACAAUUUCGUUAGAUACUGAUUUUUAUGAUGCUGCAUUAUAUUCUUUAAAUAAUUCUUCUGAGAAUGAUUUAAGAAUCUGGCCUCAUAUGCUAUAUGUGAUAAUGCAUAUGUUGGAUACUGUUAAUGGGUCAGAAAUUUUAAUAAAUUUUCAAGAAUCAAAACCACAUUGUACUGCAUUGAUUAUUAUGCAACAUGUAUCUAAUGUUUUGAAACAACCUUUUUCUAUUAUGAAUACUGAAUAUAUUUGUAAUUUAUCUAAAAUUAUAACAAAAUUAUUUAAUAUAUUUAAUGUCUAUGAAAUUGUACAAGAUGUAAUAGAAAAUCAAUUUUAUCCCGCUGUAUCACAAUUUUACAGUAAAUUAGAUAAAUAUUUUAUCGAAAAUGGAAAUAAAGCUCAAUAUUUAGAUGGCAUAAUUAACACAAUGAUACUUAAAAUUGUAUCAAUACCAUUUGGUUUACAAGAUUUAACACGUGAAUCUUUAGCAUUUCAAGAAUUAGUACGUGGAUCUAUCGCACCAUUAAGAAAUUCAUGGACAUCCACUGAUAUUGUUAGCUUUGUGUCAUCCGCUGGAUAUUUUAAAUUAGGAUGUGAUGUUAUUGAAAAUUUAGCACCACAUGUUUUAACUAAGUUGUUAACAGAAACAUGUGAAAUAUUGGAAGAUCCAAAUUGUUUUUAUGAUCCAUGGGAAAAUUCAACAGUUGACAAAUUUAUACAUAUUAUUGCUCUAUUUUCUCUCAAUUUUAAAUGUUUGACUUCAUUUAUAAUAAAUACUAAUAAAUUUGGAAAUGAUGAGGAAGACAAAAUUCCAAGCAAUUUAACAGAAUUAAUACAAUGUUCGAUUAAAUUUGAUUCGGCGUACCAUUAUUUAGGACUUUUAUCAUUAAACACAAUUAUUUGGAAUUUAGAUCUUUAUAUUUAUUUCAUAGAAAAAUUAAAUUUUCAGAAUGAAUUAUUGAAUUUACAAAAUUAUUGUAUAUUUAAUAUUCAAGCUGACGAUGAAAUAAGAGAAGAAUACAUAAUAGAUGAAUCUAGUUUACUUCGACAUAAAAUUUUAUCUAAUUCAUAUUAUAUCAAACAUAAAUAUCCUAAAAAAGUAUUAUCAAAGGAAUAUGAAACUACGAAUAAUAAUAUAUUUGAACCAGAAGAAUAUGAAUUGUUUUCGACAUUACCACCACCUGACUUUACCACAGAAAAAGCACUUUUUAAUGAUAUAGAAUCUAAUACUGAAUUAGAAGAUAUGUUACAUGAAAAUAAACUUGGAUUAUUGGAUACCAGUUGGAUAUUACAAGUCAGAAAUACAUAUAUAAGUUCUCCAGAUUCAAUAAAAAAUGCAGUUUUGACUACUUUAUUAGAUCAAAUGUGGCAAGCUAUUCCAACUGCAGAAUGGGCAGAUCAAUUUGAAUGGCCAGAAAAUUUUGUAUACAAUGCAGAUUUUUUCUUUUCAGAAGAAUUACACGGAAUUGAUUUGGUCAUACAAUAUGCUGAAUUACAUGGACUUCUUCAAAAUUCUGAGAUUAAUAAAGAAACAUUGAAACAAUUUUUACAAGCUACUAGCAUAUUUAUAAAAUAUAAAAAACCUAAUAAGUUUAAAGGUUUUGAUUGGUUUUUAUCAACUGUAUUUCUUAUCUGUGAAGGAGAUAUGGACAAAUGCAAAAUAUUUAUUAAAAAAUUGAUUUGCUUUCCGUGUAUUUUAUUUAUAUGGCCUAUUUUUGGUAAAACUAUUGAUAAAAGCAAUCAAGAGAAGUAUUCAACUCAAUUUAUACUUGCACAAUAUUUAGAAAGUAUAAUUCACAGUGAAAUGCCGAACAUAGCUUAUGCAUUAAAGAAUACCUGCGGUAUCGAUUGGUGGAUGUUAUGUACAACAAUAUUGACUCAAUGUUUCUGGGGAAUAUUAUCAUGGCAAGAAAUAAAACAUUUUUUUGCUAUUUCUAUACUAUAUUCACCCGAUUAUAUAAUAUAUUAUUGUGUAUCAUUAAUAUAUCACUGCAGGACAACAUUUAUACAAGAUAUUACGAAUGGAAAAAUGUGGCCAGAAUAUAUGGUACUAAAUGACUACCGAUGUCAUGAUUACAUUAUAUUUAUGGAUAAAUUAGCUAAGAGAUAUGGAAAUAAAAUAUUACCUAUAAUGACUGCAAGAAAAUUAUAUUCGAAUGAUGAAACUGAUACUGUGAAUUAAAUGACAUAAUAUAUACUUUUGUUUUGUUUAAGAAGAAAGAAUAUUUUUUUUCUUAAAUGAUGCAUUAUCAUCAAA